AUGGCUGGAUACAACUACUAUAUCGACUACGCUCCUAGAUACGCGGGAAACGUGGCGAUCGGCGCUAUUUAUUUUGUCCUCUUGGUGGCCAACAUCACACUAGGUUUUUUAGCAAGAGAUAAGUUCUUUCCUCUGUCUUUUGUGAUUGGAUGCAUCUUGGAGUAUAUGGGAUUCGUGGGCCGGUGCAUGGGCCACUUUAUUCCCACGGAAAUCAGUUGGUUUAUGGUGCAAUCCAUUGGAAUAACGAUCGCACCAAUUUUCUUCAUGGCAGGCAUUUACAACAGUUUUGGUGAGAUGAUUGUUAUGUUUGGCGAGUCGCACUCUGUUCUCAAGCCAAACACGUACAAGAAGGUGUUCAUCGUGUCGGAUGUGAUCUCGUUGAUCUGCCAGAGUGCAGGCGGCGGCAUUGCUGCCUAUUUGGCCAGUGCUGGAAGUGCUUCCCAGGCAGGAAACUACCUCAUGCUUGCUGCCUUGGCCUUCCAAGUGUUCUCCAUGACCAUCUACAUCUUCCUCACUUUGUUGUUUUUCUUCCGUGUGUGCCAAACAGUCCAAUCCGGCAGAUGCCUUCCUUCCGAGUACGCACACAUGCGGCAAAACAGGAUGUUCAAGAUGUACGUGGUGGCAAUGUUUGUCUCAACGCUGUUCAUCUACAUCAGAUGCAUCUACAGGGUUGCAGAAAUGAGUCACGGUGUUGAUGGCCCGUUGACCCGGAACGAGAUCUGGUUCCUUGUCUUCGAUGCCUCCAUGGUUAUUGCUGGUGUUUCCACGCUGACAACUUUCUAUCCGGGUGCAGCUUUGGGUAAGGGUGCAUUCAGCGGCAUCGUUUACCACAAUGUUAGGGAAAACGGGUCUGACACUUGCCCACUAAAGCUGGAUGGCAUGAAGAACGAGAAGCGGGCGAUGGCAUGCUGA